GACAGUCGGCAGUCUAACCCUCUCGCCAGCAGUUCAUCGUCCGUCUCGCCAUCGUGAUUACGUUCUUUUUUUUUCGCGUGUCGUAUUUUUAUUUUCUCUCGCCUCGUCUUCCUCCGACUCGAUCGUGCCGAGUGCGAUUUUUUUCUCGUCUAUUAUAAUUUCUCAUAAUUUUAUUUAUUUAUUUUUUUUUUUUUUCAAAAAACAACAACUAUACCUAUAACCCAGCGUUAAACUCGACUUAGGUACUUUUGUAUUUAUUACGUUUUGUCGAUCUAUAAACGCCGCCGCCGUCGCCAUGUGCAUCGUACUCCAUCCGAUCCUGCGCGCCCUGUACGGCCUGUUCACCGGAGCCACUUCGUCUUCGUCCGCAGUCCGCGUGACCAUCAAAGAAGAUUGUAAAUCGCUUCUUUUGUCCAAUGAACAACUUACCACCUUGAUGAAUGAUAUGGAUGGAGCCAUCAGGCAAGGUUUGGGUAAAGAAACCAAUCCAUCUUCCAUUGUCAAGUGCUAUGUCACUUAUGUACAAGAUUUACCUAAUGGCACAGAAAGAGGCAAAUUCUUGGCUUUGGACUUGGGUGGUACCAAUUUCCGUGUACUAUUGAUUGAAUUGGGAGAGAACAACUACUUCCAUAUGGAUUCUGAAAUCUUCAAAGUGCCUGCUCAUAUCCAAACUGGCAAAGGCACAGAAUUAUUCGAUCACAUUGCAAAAUGUCUGGCAGAAUUCAUUAAAAAACACAACUUGGACAACAAAAAGGCAUUACCAUUGGGCUUUACUUUUAGUUUUCCACUUAGACAAGUUGGACUUACCAAAGGAUAUUUAAAUAGUUGGACCAAAGGAUUUAACUGCUCGGGAGUAGUUGAUGAAGACGUUGUCAGACUUCUCAAGGAGGCUAUCAAGAGGAGAAAGGGCCUGAAUCUACGUUUAACGGCUAUAUUGAAUGAUGCAACUGGAACCCUAAUGAGUUGUGCCCACAAAACACGUUUUUCGAAUAACUGUUUUGUAGGUUUGAUUAUUGGAACGGGCUGCAACGCGUGUUACGUCGAAAAGGUUGAAAACGCCGAACUUUUCGACGGCGACAAGUCGAAACCGUACGUGAUCGUCAACACCGAAUGGGGUGCGUUCGGAGAUGACGGAAAAUUAGACGCCGUCCGCACGAAAUACGAUCAGGAAAUCGACGAGGACUCAUUGAACCCGGGACAACAGAGAUUCGAAAAGAUGAUCAGUGGUAUGUACAUGGGUGAGAUCGUACGGUUGGCCAUCGUCGACUUGGCCAACCAGAACAAACUCUUCGAAGGAAGACUGUCCGAACAAAUGAAGACUAAGGGAGCUUUUGGAACGUCAUUCGUAUCAGACAUCGAAAGCGACAAAGCCAACUACAGAGAAACAUUGAAGGUCCUCAGCGAAAUGGGCAUCAACGACCCAUCGUUGGUCGACUGCGCCAACGUACGAUACAUUUGCGAAUGCGUAUCCAGGCGGUCGGCUCAUCUAGUGUCUGCCGGUCUGGCCGCUCUUCUCAACAAAAUGGACGAGAAGACCGUCACAAUUGGUGUCGACGGUUCGGUUUACCGUUUCCAUCCUUACUUCCACAAACUCAUGGUGGAAAAGACCAAACAACUGAUCAAAUCUGACAUCAAAUUUGACUUGAUGUUGUCUGAAGACGGAAGUGGUCGUGGAGCUGCCCUUGUUGCUGCUGUAGCUGUCAGGGACGAAUUACCGUCCACGACCAAUGGAUUCUCGACAAAAUAAUUAGUGGUAUCUGACUA